GGGCCGUGGAGAUGGGCCAGGUGGUGCCCGGGCAGUUUGACGAUGCCGAGAGCUCGGAGGGUGAAUCUACGGAAGACACGGAAACAUUUAAAGUUGAGGUCACUGAGAACUGCCAGUCACACCCGUGUGAAGAGCUUAAUGCUGAGGAAGGAGAUUGUGAUGACUACAAUGAUGAUGAAGAGGAAGAUGAAGACUGGGACUGGGAUGAUGAGAUGGGAAGACUCAUGAAGCACCGCAGUGCUGCUGGUGGGUGCAAUCCACAGGCAAAUAAACAGAACCCUAAUUGCUGUUCAGCUAAAAUGUCCACCCCUACAGACAAGGUUUUAAGAAAAUUUGAACACAAAAUUAAUUUAGAUAAGCUAAAUUUUGAUGACUCCGUUAUAAACAGAGUCACGGAAAAGUCUAGACAAAAGGAAGCAGACAUGUACCGGGUCAAAGACAAGUCAGACAGAGCAACAGUAGAACAGGUGUUGGAUCCAAGGACCCGAAUGAUUCUCUUCAAGAUGUUAUCUAGAGGUGUCAUAUCAGAAAUCAAUGGCUGCAUCAGCACAGGGAAAGAAGCUAAUGUAUAUCAUGCUGGUACUGCAAAUGGAGAGAACAGAGCAAUAAAGAUUUACAAAACCUCUAUUCUGAUGUUUAAAGAUCGGGAUAAGUAUGUGAGUGGCGAAUUCAGAUUUCGUCAUGGAUACUGCAAAGGCAACCCAAGAAAAAUGGUGAAGACCUGGGCUGAAAAAGAAAUGAGGAAUUUAAUAAGGUUGAAUACAGCCCAGAUACCUUGCCCAGAGCCAAUUAUGCUACGGAGUCAUGUGCUUGUCAUGGGCUUUAUUGGUAAAGGUGAUAGGCCUGCUCCUCUCCUGAAGAAUGCUCAGUUAUCUGACUCCAAAGUCCGGGAGCUGUACCUACAAAUCAUCCAGUACAUGAGAAGAAUGUACCAAGAUGCCAGACUUGUUCAUGCAGAUCUCAGUGAAUUUAAUAUGCUAUACCACAGUGGGGAUGUGUACAUCAUUGAUGUGUCUCAGGCUGUGGAGCAUGACCACCCUCAUGCGCUGGAGUUCCUGCGGAAAGAUUGUGCCAACGUUAACGACUUUUUCCAGAAGCGCAAUGUUGCGGUGAUGACUGUGAGGGAGCUGUUUGAGUUUAUUACUGAUCCUUCUAUCACAAGUGAGAACAUUGAUGACUACUUGUCUAAGGCAAUGGAAAUAGCAUCGAAAAGAACAGAGGAGGAAAGAUCCAGUCAAGAUAAAGUGGACGAGGAAGUAUUUAAGAAGGCUUACAUCCCUCGAACUUUGACUGAAGUUAAAAACUAUGAGAGAGAUGUGGAUAUUAUGAUGAAAUUGAAAGAAGAGGAUAUGGCAUUGAAUGUUCAGCAAGAUAAUAUUCUCUACCAGACUGUUACAGGACUAAAGAAGGAUUUGUCUGGUGUUCAGAAGAUUCCUGCACUUCUUGAAAAGGCAAACGAGUCAGAAACAGACUCUGAUGAUGAUGAUGAUGGCAGCUCAGAGGACUCUGAUUCAGGCUGUAAAGACUCCAUACAUCCCAAAGAUAAACCUGUUGAAGUUGGCAUGGACAAAAAGGAAAGGAAAAAAAUGGUUAAAGAAGCCCAAAGAGAAAAGAGAAAAACCAAAGUCCCAAAACAUGUGAAGAAGAGGAAAGAAAAGACUGCAAAAAUGAAGAAAGGCAAAUAA